AUGGGAAUGACGCUGAUGUCGACAGCUUCGGUUCCGAAGCAGUAUUGGCCUUAUGCUUUUGCUGUCGCAGUCUAUCUCAUCAACCGGCUCCCGUCUCCGGUCAUUGGAUUACAGUCUCCGUUUCAGAUACUUUUUGGAGUCGCCCCCAAUUACGACAAAUUGCGUGUGUUUGGCUGUGCUUGCUAUCCCUGGUUGAGACCGUACAAUCGUCACAAAUUGGAUGACAAAUCACUUCGGUGUGCAUUCUUGGGUUACUCCAUCACACAUAGUGCGUACUAUUGCUUACACAUUCCAACCGGGCGCCUAUACACCUCCCGCCAUGUCCAAUUUGAUGAAAGCGAUUUUCCAUUCGCCUUCACUCAGGCUCCGCGAGUGACAGAUCUCGAUAGCACAGUGUCCAUGGAAGGACCAGCCCUCAUACAGCUCCCGUCUCAGAGUUCGCCGGUUGUUUUCCCGUGUUCGGACCUUCACUCCGCCUCUUCCGGGCCAUCGUUGACCGCCGCUCCUCCACAGGUAUCGCCUCUCAACGCUAUCUCUUCUUCUUCUCCCUCAAAUUCUGAGCCCACUGCUCCAAUACACAAUGGGCCGCAACCCACGGCCCAGCAACAAUCCACACAAAAUACAACUUUGACCCAAUCUCCACUAAAUCAGCCCACUUCACCACAAAACCAAAACAGCCCAAUUCUUUCUUCUCCCUCCUCAGCCUCGAACAGCUCCUCGUCGGAAUCGGAAAACUCCAACUCGACGACGGUGUCCUCCUCGACGACAUCGUCAUCCACCUCUGACGCACCACCGCCAAAUCCACAACCACCAAACCCUCCGAAUCUCAAUCCCCAAAACCAAAAUCCACAGAAUCCGCCAAACCCACAAAAUCCAAAUCCACAAAACCCAAUCCCAGAAAAUCUUCACGCCAUGGGUACUCGAUCCAAAGCUGGUAUCGUUAAACCGAAUCGUCGUUACCUGCUCUCUGCUUCAGUUACCUCUCAGUGUGAUUUUGAACCUCGUACAGCUGCUCAAGCUCUCAAAGAUGAUAAAUGGCGAAAUGCAAUGGAUGGUGAGUAUAAUGCUCAGAUUCAGCAUCGGACGUGGGAUCUCGUACCUCCUCUGUCGUCAAUGGUUACUUGUGUUGGCAGUAAGUGGAUCUUUACUAAGAAAUUUCAUUCCUCUGGUGUUCUGAAUCGCUACAAAGCACGCUUAGUAGCUCAAGGCUACAAUCAACGUCCUGGUCUUGACUACGCAGAGACUUUCAGUCCGGUCAUUAAAUCAACAACUAUCCGUGUGGUUCUGGGUGCUGCGGUUGAUGGAUCGUGGCCUCUCCGGCAACUGGAUGUCAAUAAUGUGUUUCUGCAAGGCACGUUGACAGAUGAAGUGUAUAUGAAACAGCCUCCUGGUUUCAUCGACAAAGAUCAUCCUGACUACGUGUGCCGAUUGAAUAAAGCUAUCUAUGGUCUGAAGUAA